GGAGGACCGAUGGCCGCGGCCGAUGGAGCGACCCUCACGCGGUUCAAUGGCUCAGCCGUACACGAGAAUGGGCCUUCACGGCCAGAGACGAACGUCGAUGGCAAGGGAGACGCUCGCAGCAGCGAGCAACGGGAGCUCGAGCGCAUCCUAGGGCGUUCCACCACAGCCCAUGGCCUCUCUUCCAUGGACUUGGCACCCUUCUUGGCGCCAGACUAUGAUCCGCAGACAUAUGCGAACCUCAUCAUCGAAGCGCCCCAGUCGGCCUCACCGGCCGAGCUAGACGGAGAUGCAAGACCACCAGGUCCGGAUCGCAUCGGCUCGUCGUCGGCGCCCACUCGACGCCUGCUCGAAGCACCCACAGCAAGCUCGAGCAAGGCCAUCGAUGUCGAGGGCGACGUGAGUGUCGCAGUCGGCCGCCUCAACCUCGCCAUCGACGACAUUGAUCGCCUGAUCCGCGACGAGGUGACGGCCAACGCCCACGACCUGCUUGCGCACACCACGUCACUCCUCGACGUCCGGCCGACGCUGACGACGCUUCGGACUGCGCUGGAUGCACUCUCGGCGCACAGGGACAAGCUCAUCCAGCGCAUCGCCACGCCCCAUGCCGAGCUCAGGCAAGCGGCGCUCAGGCAAGCCAAAAUCAGGCAGGCUCAGGCGCUCGUCCGUCGCGCAGAGAAGUUUGUGCGACUCGUCAGGCGUCUGCAGACGCAGAUGGACGCCCUUAUGGCUGUUCCUCCUCGAGGGGCCGCGGGAACAGCAAGCGAGGCAAAGAGGCUCGAGAGACUGGGGGAGGAGGAAGAGGGCGAGGGAGAACAGCAGCAGCAGCAGCAACAGCAAGCCGGCGUCGCGGACGAAGACUUGAUGGACGAGGAGGCUGGCGAGCAGAGGGGACGUGGUCUGGCAAGGGCCGCGCUCAGCGUCUCAGAAAUCACUGCCCUUGUCCAUCCUCGACCGCCUCCGCUGCUGCCAAAGUCGCAAGGCGGAGAAGAUGCGAGAGAAGGAGAAGACGACGAAGACGACGAGGACAUGAUACCAUUGACGAGCCUCGAUCUCGUGAAUGCGUGUCUGCCACUUGUCGAAAGAAGCCGAGAGAAGGUGACGGACCUGAUGGAGGACAUGGUGGUCAUGGGACUUCGCGAUCUCUCUCCUCUCUUACUGAGCACCUCGCUCCAGACGGCAUUCAACCUUGGUCAGCUCGCAGACCUCGUCAGGGACCUCCUGGCGGAUCUCACCGACGUCAUUCGAGACCGAGUCAAGGCGGCAUGUGACAUGAAUAGCCUCUCGAGAGAGCUCGGAAGUCGAGAGCCGCAAACGCAGCAGACAGCCACGUAUGCUUCCUAUCGAUCCAGACGCGGAGCCGGCGCAGGGACUGAUGCUGCAUCACAGUCGGCUGUUGCUCAGCGCUGGAGCAAUGCUUUGUGGAGUCGAUUCGAGACGCUCAUCGUCAACGAGAUGGGUGCUGUCUGCAGCAAAGUUUAUACACUCGAGAGGGUCCUUAGCCUCAAGACCGACAAGGUCAGCGGUCGUAACUACCUCGACGACGCCAUGCGCGUUCUUGGCGAUCGGCCCAGCACCAUCUUUUGGAACACUUUGAGUGGCGCCUUGAGUGUUCAGACACGCGAGGCGACAAGGGGUUCUGCUUUUCUGUCGACGACGCUGUCCUCUGGCUAUCCCAGACUCCUGAGGCUCUUUCAGGAAUUCUUUGCGAGAGUCUCUGUCUAUACAGACUCGACUUACACGCAUGCACAGCAGAGCCCAGAGACGAUAUCAGUCUUGCGAUCGGUCUCGCACCUCGAGCAGAAUUACCUCGCCAAGACUUCGUCGCGCUUCGAGGGCAUCAUUGCUACCUCUCUUGUGCCCGAAGCAAGGCAGUUACCCACGGCAGCCGAUGGAGAAGGCUUGGCCCGAGUGGCUACUGAUGAGAUUGAUGGCGCUCGCUUCGAUCCUCUACUCCUCGUCGCUGUCGUGAACACUGUCAAAGAAGGAAUCAGAAGUGCCUUGAGUGCGAUCCAAUCGAGGCAGAUCAAAGACUCGUCUGUCUAUUCGCUUCAAGCAGCUGCCACGACACCAGCACAGAGUCUCAAUGCCGGUUUGACGAGCUUUACCUACCAUCUCCUCGUCGGACUGCAAAUACUACUUGGUUCGGACCACGUCGCGGUCUCCAGUCAGAAUGGACUGGGAGGCAAUCCUCGGUCCACUGCUCCUCCUCAGGUAAUCGAAGAGAGUCUCAAAGACCUCGUCGAUCAUGUCCGUCACCUUUACGAGACCGAACAGCGAGGGCCAAUGCUCAGUCACCUGCAAGACGACAUCGACGAGAGUUUCAACAAGAUGCAUUACGUCGACUUUGGCCAGCCUGUGCCCGACGCCGUCAGUGGGUCUGGGAGCGCAUACAUGGUGGAGCUCUCAGAGAAGCUCUGGUUCAUCCGUGAGCAGCUCUUUAGCCGGUACGACGUAGGACGGAAUGAGAAAGCCUCUUGGACGCUUCAAGUGACCAAGUACGCCUUGGAGCAGUUUGUUUGGCAAGCUUCAUUGCUUCAUCCGCUUGGAGAAGGAGGCAAGCUCAAGUUGACGUCCGACAUGACCGAGCUGGAAUUUGCCGCUUCUCAGCUCCUGGCCUCUGCCGGCGGAGGCGCAGAUCUAGGAUCAGGAGGUGGUCUGACAAUGGCCGACUGCGGAGAAUCUUUCAAGGCUCUGAGAACGUUUAGACCGAUGCUGUUCCUCGAAUUGGCCAAAUUUAGCCUGAAGGAAAGUGCAGGCGACGGUGAAGGGGCGAAGCUACUUCAGGCAAAGAGCGGUCUGGACCCGCUCGUGGUCGCGCAUCACUUGCUGGCUAGGGGCAGCAACAAGGCCAAGAAAAACAGCGCCGUCUUCCCAUGGCAGGUGCUCAGCGAAGACGAAGCCGGGCUUGGCAAGACUCGACAGGAGUACCUCUCGUUCAUCGCCGAGGACGACGCUAGGUCCCGAGCAGCAGCGAUGGGCGCCAUGGGGAAGUGCAUUGAGAAGCUUCGAGCUCAGGAGCAAGUCCCGGUGGAUAAAAAUGUAUUGCAAGUCCUCGACUCGUGGGUAGAAGCUCAUCAACACUAGAAGUCUGCUUUCCAAUGCAAAGUUACAGGC